AUGGCCACCCGAUCAUACACGCCUCUGCGGAGGUCACUAGGGCAGUUGUCUGCUCGAAGUACUCGCAUUGCUGGCCGCCGUGCUGGACCCUCAUUUCGCGGGUAUUCUACAGAGCAGAAACCGCGUGAGCCCAAGCCAUUCACUGUCUGGAGGCCAUACUUGCGCCUCGCCAUUGGCGUGCCUUUCAUCGGCGGGAUCAUAUACUCAAUGAUGACAGAAGAAGUCACGGAACUCGACGCUCCAUCCAUGGUUGAGGUGGACGAGGCCCUAAAGCAAUCGAAAAUCAACGACUCCUCGCCGAUGCGGUUACGGAUGGAAAAGCUCAUCAAGCAACACCAGCAGAAGAUCAUCGAGGAACUAGGCAGAGUCGAUGGGCAACAAUUCAAGACUGAUACCUGGUCGCGCCCCAAUGGCGGCGGCGGCAUUUCGUGUGUGCUGCAGGACGGAAACGUCUUCGAGAAGGCGGGUGUCAACGUCUCCGUGGUGUACGGCAAAUUACCUCGGCCGGCCAUUGAGAAGAUGCGUGCCGACCACAAGUCCUUUGUUGGCUCAGAUGUGGAGUCGCUAGAUUUCUUCGCUGCCGGUCUCUCGCUGGUCUUGCACCCACACAAUCCCAUGGCUCCGACGGUGCAUCUCAACUACCGCUACUUCGAAACGUCAGAUCCCAAGGACCCUAUCAACGGGGACAAGAAUUGGUGGUUCGGAGGUGGCACGGAUCUGACUCCGACCUACCUCUUCCCGGAGGAUGCUCAGCACUUCCACAAGACCAUUAAGGAUACAUGCGAUCGCCACGAUGCUACAUACUACCCCCAGUUCAAGGCCUGGUGUGACAAGUACUUCUAUAUCCCCCACCGUGGCGAGUGCCGUGGCGUUGGAGGUAUCUUCUUCGAUGACCUCGACGCCAACUUCCUUCAAACAUCCGCCGGUUCCUCCUCCAACCCGCAGGAGACACUGUUCUCGUUCGUUUCGGACAGUCUGGCGUCUUUCCUUCCUUCCUAUGUGCCCAUCAUUGAGCGACGCAAGGACAUGCUGUAUACCCCGGAACAGAAGGAGUGGCAGCAGCUUCGUCGGGGCCGCUAUGUGGAGUUCAACCUUGUCUAUGAUCGCGGAACUAGCUUUGGCUUGCGCACACCCAAUGCCCGUAUUGAAAGUAUCUUGAUGAGUCUCCCUCGUACCGCUAGCUGGGCGUACAUGGAUCCUGUCUCCGGCACAAGGACAGAGAACAUGCCUGUGGAUGAAGAUGACCUGACGGAGGAUAAGGCCAGCGAGAAGGAGAUUAUGGAUGUGCUGCGCCACCCCCGACAGUGGGCAUGA